AUGGAAAAAAGGCAGGAAAAGAGAAGAGCGCGUUUGAAUGGGGAAGAAGCUAGGUGGGAGCCAAUGAUAAUUCCCCACAUAUCCAAAAAUUUUGUAUCUGGAGGAGUUAUUUACCAGGAGAAAAGGAAAUGGGUUGAGAAAAGCAUUGAGGAAACGUUAGGAAAUAUGCACAUCAAUGCCAUUCAUGAGCAUGAGGAUGAGGAGAGAAGCUGGCUGGACAUUCGCCCUUAUAAGCCCGGAAGGUAUAAUCAGAUAAAGAUGCACCCAGAAGAUAUGAGGAAGACUACGUUCAUUACUUUAUGGGGAACAUUUUGCUAUAAGAAACAAAAUCCUGAUGUCUGGAAUGAAGAAUGUCAGAAAGCCUUUGAGAAGAUAAAGCAAUACUUAUCUAACACUCCAGUGCUGUCACCACCUAGCCCAGAAAGACCCUUGAUUUUGUAUUUAUCGGUGUUCGACAACUCUAUGGGAUGCGUACUGGGUCAACAUGAUGUGACUGGAAAGAAGGAAAAGCUUAGAACUGGUGGUCGGUUCGGGCAAUGGGCGUUACAACAAGAGUCAAAUGAUUCCAAAGCCAUUCUCAUAAAAUAUGAAAGCCAAAAUUAUGAUCUCUCAAUUGUUGAAAGAUUCAAACCUGGCCAUAAUGAACUUGAUUACAUUGUUAAGAAACUUAUAUCUCCUUCAGUUUUUGUUAAAUCUAAAGAGAUGGUUGCUACUUCAUCUUUUAAGCCACAAGACGCCCAGUACCUGCUGCUACGCUGCUCUCUGCUCUCUACUGGUUCCCUCUGCUGCUACGCUGGUUCUUUGCCCUCAUCUUGUUUUGGAUUGAACACAAAGAAAGGGUUUGAUGCAAAAAUUGCUGCUGCCGUAGCAGAUGAGACAAACUUGCCAUUUGUCACAGCAGAAAAUAAGUUUGAAGCUUUGGCUGCACAUGAUGCCUUUGUUGAAACUAGCGGAGCCCUAAACACUGUUGCUACGUCCCUGAUGAAGGUUGCAAAUGACAUACGCUUACUGGGAAGUGGUCCCCGAUGUGGCCUUGGUGAGCUCAUUCUUCCUGAAAACGAGCCAGGCAGCGGUAUAAUGCCUGGGAAGGUAAACCCUACCCAGUGUGAGGCUAUCACUAUGGUCUGUGCCCAGGUAAUGGGUAACCAUGUUGCUAUCACAGUGGGCGGAUCCAAUGGCCACUUUGAAUUGAAUGUGUUCAAGCCAAUGAUUGCUAAUGCACUCCUGCAUUCAUUAAGAUUGCUGGGUGACGCAUCUGCUUCAUUUGAGAAGAACUGCGUGAGGGGAAUUCAAGCCAAUAGGGAAAGAAUUUCUAAAUUACUGCAUGAAUCUCUAAUGCUUGUCACAUCUUUGAACCCUAAAAUUGGUUACGACAAUGCUGCAGCAGUUGCCAAGAAAGCACACAAGGAGGGGUCCACUUUGAAGGAAGCAGCAUUGAGCGUUGGUGUGCUCACAAGCGAAGAAUUUGACACUCUUGUGGUCCCAGAGAAAAUGAUUGGCCCAUCUGACUGAUUUUUUUUUUUUUUUUGCUGGAGGAGACUUGAGCAGCAAUUGCUUAGAUUUUAAUUAAUUUUAAGGCCAUUUUUCUCAGUCAGAUUACAAAAUAGAAUCCGACCGCGAUUUUCUUCAUAUUCUGAUUAUGGAAAACAAUAUUAUUGAGGUUUCCCAUUUGCUUGGAAUUGUUUAUGCAGCUUAUGUAGUGAAAAAAAAAUAACAGUCGCGGAUUGACUAAGAAGGGGAAAACCUCCCUCAUUUGUAAGGAGACUGAUUGAAGUAAAGUUGAAGGCAAAAUAAAAGAGAUGGCAUCGAGUUUUGGUACA